GUGUAUGUAAAUACUAACAACAAAUUAGCUGCUCCAGAGUUCGUGGGAAUGGGCAUACGCAUUGAAGAUGACAUUCUAAUUACAAAUAAUGGACCUGUUCUCUUGACUGCUGGUUGCCCCAAACAAGUGGCUGAUAUUGAAAGGCUGUGUCUUAAAGUCUGA